AUGUUUGAGAACGAAAAGGUCGAGAACCCGGACUCGUCUGAACCCUCGAUCGAACGCAGAGUCGACAACUCCGAAGUACCGACCCGCAAGAAGGAGACCGGCAAAGAUUACGACAACGGCGACAAGAUCAUCUUGACAGAAGAUGAUUGCUACGAACAGCUUGGUUUCUGCUUCCCUACUUGGAAAAAAUGGACGAUUCUGUCUGUCAUCUUCAUCGUCCAGGUCUCGAUGAACUUCAACACUAGUCUCUACAGCAAUGCUAUUACUGGCAUGACCGAGGAGUUCAACAUCAGUGCUCAGGCUGCCCGCUGUGGUGCCAUGAUCUUCCUUGUCCUCUACGCUUUUGGUUGUGAGCUGUGGGCUCCCUGGUCCGAGGAGCUCGGAAGAUGGCCUGUCCUCCAGCUCAGUUUGUUCCUCGUCAACAUCUGGCAGAUCCCUGUUGCUCUUGCAAAGAACUUUGGAACCGUUAUGGCCGGUCGUGCCCUCGGCGGUCUGUCUUCCGCUGGUGGUUCCGUCACUCUCGGUAUGGUUGCCGAUAUGUGGGAGCCCGAUGAGCAGCAGUACGCUGUCGCCUUCAUCGUCUUCUCUUCCGUUGGUGGCUCCGUUCUUGGCCCCGUUGUCGGUGGAUUCGUCGAGCAAUAUGCUGCUUGGCGAUGGAACAUCUGGAUCCAACUGAUCUUCGGUGGCUUCGUUCAAGCUCUUCACUUCUUCCUCGUACCCGAAACCAGAACUAGCUGUAUGCUUGACAAGAUCGCUAAGAAGCGUCGCAAGGCUGGUGAGACCAAUGUCUACGGACCCACUGAACUCAUUCCCUGGAAGGAUCGCUUCUCCGCCAAGGAGAUUAUUCAGACCUGGAUCAGACCUUUCAAGAUGUUCUUGACUGAGCCCAUCGUCCUGACUCUCUCCCUGCUCUCCGGUUUCAGUGAUGCCCUGAUCUUCAUGUUCUUGCAGUCUUACGCUCUUGUCUACGACCAGUGGGGAUUCUCCGCCUACCAGAUUGGUCUCGCCUUCUUGCCUCUGCUCAUCGGAUACUUCAUCGCAUGGUUCUCGUUCUUCCCCGCCAUUGCUCGUAACAAGAGACAGCGCCGUGAGAAUCCCAACGAUGAACACGCUCAGUACGAAUCACGUCUUUGGUGGUUGCUCUUUACUGUCCCUUGCCUUCCUAUCGGUCUGAUCGGCUUCGCUUGGACUAGUGGCGGACCUCCAAUUCACUGGAUUGGCUCCAUGGUUUUCAGUGCAGUCAUCGGUAUUGCCAACUACUCGAUCUACAUGGCGACCAUCGAUUACAUGAUUUGCGCUUACGGACCUUACUCGGCCUCUGCCACCGGUGGUAACGGAUGGUCUCGUGACUUCCUUGCUGGUGUACUGACUGUACCCGCCACUCCAUUCUACACCAACAUUGGUGGUAAGCAUCACUUGGAGUAUGCUUCGACCAUUCUGGCUUGCAUCGCGCUCCUUCUUGUCGUUUCGGUCUACGUCAUUUACUGGAAGGGACCUGUUCUCCGUAAGCGUUCGCCCUUCGCUCAGCAACUGUCUUCUGCUCGCGAGGAGAACGGUGGAAGAAGAGCCUCGGCCAUCUAUGGACCUAGUAGACAAAACUCUUUGACUGCAUCUGUCAAGUCAUCAGCAUCUAAUAGACAGUCUGUCUAA